AUGAAUAAACUAAUCGUAAACGUACAGAAUAAAUGUAGAAACACAAAAAGAUGUAAGUGCCGAGGGAACAAAAGCCAUAUCUCCGUGAGAACUGGGACAUUAGGAGUAACUAAAGACUAUGGCUAUUGUACCCAUGAAAUUCAUCCUACCCACACCAGAACUACUCAAAUUUCUACUCUGUUUUGGCAAAAUAUUGAACUUGAGAGAAUAGGGUUUUCCAAUUUGUUUGAUGAUUCAGCCUCUGUGACGGUCUUUUACAAUAGAAUCUACGAUGAUGAUCCGCAGCUGAUAAAGAAACCUCUUCUCAUAAGGGCCAAAGUUAAUGGAAAUAAAAUACAUUGGCUUGAGAAUGUUGGAAGCUAUGCCAACAAAAGAUGGAGAAGGGUUGAUGCAAGUGAAUCGGGGAACUAUCCUGAGGAGGAUAAGUAUUCUAGUAAUAUUGAGGAACUGGAAGAAGAGCUGAAGGCACUCUCGUGUAGAUUAUUUGUUGCCCACAGAAUACAUAUAGACUUUUAUCAGAAGAGUGGUUAUGAGAUUGACUGUGAAAUUUGUGGUGAAAAAUUAGAGAUAAAAGUUCAACAAGAUCCGGUUAAAGAUGCUGAUGGAUAUAUAAAGUACAGUUAUACUGGUGAAAUCUCUGAUAACUCUAUACUUGUAUAUAAAGGAAGGCAACUAACAUUUCAGAAGCGGUUAAGAUAUAAGACUGGUUAUUACCUCCCAAUUCCUGUUGACAAAGAAAACUUUAAUGGAGUGUCAGCUUACUACUGGGAGGGUGAUAGCAAACUUGAGAAUCCUCUCUUGAUAGAAUUUUCUGGUGAAAAUAACAUCUCCUACUGGAUCGAGAACAUCAGCACUCCUGAUAAAGAAGGGAAGUUGAAACAUGAUAAAUGGAGACCGCUACCUUGGAGAAAUAACCCUCCCCAGGAAUUAAAGAAUAGACUUGACAUCCUAAAUUGCAUAUAUAAUGGAGUUGUUCAAAUUAAUAUUGGAGAUCCCGGAGAUUGUCAUGAUAAAAAGCAUUUUUUACACAGUAAGAGAAUAUAUUAUUUAUAUAGUGAAAAUUAUGCUACAUAUCCAGUUGUAUUUUCUUACAAGUAUUCUUCUUCUUUGGGAGCUAGUAAACCAUAUAAUAUAUCUGAAAUCUAUGUGGAGAACGAUAGACAAAUUUUUCCACAUUACACCCUUCCAUUUAAGAACGUUAUAAGACUUACUGCAUUUGUGUCACCAUGUUUUAACAAGAUACCGUUUCUUAUUUGUGUAGAAUCUGGUAGGCGUAAUAAUUAUAAAUGGUAUAAGAGGAAACAUGGAAACGUAUGGGAGCAUUAUCCUGAAUUUUCUGGUAAGCCUAGUGACGUUAAACUUAAGCUUGGAGGUGUAUUAACAGAUACUAAAAGUGUUUUAAGCAUAGGAAACUGCGAUAUAAUCACUACUGCAGAUGGUGUAAGACUUGAUAUUAAACAAACACCAAAAAAUAAUCAGUCGGAUCAUACUUACCAGGGUGAAUAUGGUCAAGAUAAAAAGGUUUCCAUAUUUGUGACGAAAUCCGGAGAAGGCCUUCUACCAGGCUUCAUUAGAAAUUCUCAUAAACCGCCUACUAUAAGUGGAACAUUCGUCGUAGAUAGAACAUUAAAAGGUGGCAGUAAAAUAGGGGUAACAGGAUUAUCAAACACCAAGAUCCCAAAUGUCAAGGAUUUCUUUGUAUACUUCUGGGACGCGAAUCCAGAUGUACCAAUUUUGCUUGGAGUUAAGGAAAAUCAUCAAAAUGAUACAAAGUAUUACGGAACACUUGGCACAAAUUGGGGCUCUGGUCAAGUGGAAGAUAUGACCGAACAAGAAGCAAUAGAUCACCAAAAUUGCCAAAAGAACCAAGCAAUUCCCAUUGAACUGACAGAACCAAGUAGUUUUAAACAAUUUUUUCCCAAUAAAAUGUCAAGCUGUCUAACGCAUAAAUCUGUAACUCGAUCAUCAUCUGGACCUACCCUUCCAACUGAAGCCGAAGAUUAUAAGGUAGAUUCAUAUAACAUUCCUGGUAAUACAAAAAUCUCUAGAGUUACGUACAACAAACAUCCUACUGACAUUGCUACUACUAAUGAAGUCAUAUCCCAGCUAAGGAUAUACAAGUGGAAACAUGGAGGAACUGUUCCACUCAUAGUUGAGUUUGUAAAGGGUGACCAGAACGGGUCUAUAUUUUUCGAGAAUCUCGGUAAGAGUCCAAAAUAUACAGAAUGGAGAACGAUCAAUCCGGAUGUAGCCAAAGAGUUUUAUAAAGAUAGUUCUCUUCAGGACACUUUAACCACCAAGCUUGAUGAAAUAAACUGCAGAAUUAAUGAGGUAGUUCAGUUGGAUAUCUCAGAAAAAGGUGGAAAAUAUUGUCACGGUCUUUACUCCAGACAUGAUAAGAGGAUUCAAGUUACUAAGGAAAAGAAACCUAAAUAUUCUGGCUUCAUUGGCUACGAUCACAUUCCAACUAGGGGUCAGAAUAAUCUCAAAAUAUCCUCAAUAUAUAAUGGGAAAACUAGGCAACAAGUGGGUGGUUUUCAUAUGCCUAAAGAAGUUUCAAAGGUCACGGUCUAUUUUCCAGACUGUGAUAAAGCUUCUCCAGUCGCCAUAGAUAUUGACAAUGGUAGAGGUCAUGCAUGGCUCAAGAGGGUACCAGUAGAAAGAACAUGGAAGGAUGUUAGUAGUGAGAUUAACAACAAAACUGUUAAGGAAAUUCAAAGUAUUCUCGAUACUGUCAGAGAUAGUAUAGAUGCAUGUAAUUCCGAACCUCCAUCUCCAAGAUUUUCUAACCAACAACCAUUUGUAUCUUCUCAAGUACCAGGGCUACCUCCAUUAAAAUAUGAUCAGGAUGAUAAGAAAUUCAGUUGGGAUGAUCUGAUUAAGGAUGCCGAAGAGACAGGAGAUAAAGAAAAGAAGGAAAAAAUUGAUGACGUCAUUGUGAUGCAAGAAUAUGAAGAUGAAGAAGUAAUAGAGGACCAAAAUAUAAAUACCCUCAUUAAAGCUCCUAUCACUGUUGAUGGAAGUCCUGUUAACCUUUAUCCAACUUCUGUUACUAUUUCUACUUUUCCUACUAAACUCAAGGCUGUUAAACUCCACAUACCAACGGUGAUAAUUUAUAUAAAAAAAGAUGUUGCAAGUCAACCUUACACAUAUGGAAGGUCUGCUGAUCAGAAAGUUAAGUUGACUAAAGAAGAAAAACCUGAUGAAUCUGGCUUUUAUAUGAUCACACACGAAGCAUACAAUAAUGUUCCUUUUACGAUUAAAGGGGUCAAAUACGAUGAUAAUGGAACAGAUAUUCCUCUGUCUAACCUUGGUAUCGCUAAAAAUGACGAAAUUAUUCAUCUGGCGGUUUGGUAUUGGAAGGGGGAUGUUGGAAGAAACAAACCCCUUCUCAUAGAAAUAUUAAAGGAAAAUGGAGAACAUAUAUACAGGUUAAACAAUGAUAACCUUGAAUGGAAGGCACUUUCUUUGAACGAUAAUGAUACUUCUGAGCUUCUUGGUGAGAAGCUUGAACAGACACUGGAUGAUCUUAACUGUAGACUUAACAGUGCUGUUGUAAUGGAUCUUACGGAGACUAUCUCUACAGCAGAAGCUUUAUACUGUUGUAAUAACCAUAUUGGAAGAGAGAAGAAGGUUACAGUUACUAAAAAAGAAGUUCUUAUUGGGGAUGAAAAGUUUACGGAAUACUACAAACAUGAGAUUAACACUAAAAAUAAGCUAGCAAAGAUUAAAUACUAUCCUAAAGAUGCUAAUAAUACUAGUGAUCCCAGUCAAAGAAAGAGAAUAUCAGCCAAAGGAUUAACAUUUGCUAUUGACGGAGCAGUUAGUGUCUAUGUAUUCUACUGCGACCACAAACCUGUUCUUAUUUAUGUUGACUCCGCUAACCAAAAAAAGUGGUAUAAGAGAAAAGACAAGAAUAAUCAUGUCUGGGAAGAAGUUAGUACAAACCUAUCUGGAACUGAUCCAGACAAUAUAAAAGGCUGUGAUGAUGUGAACAAAAUUAAAGGUGUAUUAGGGAAUCUUGGUUGUACUGGAUUGAAGAAUUGUGAUACGGCCAAUAAUGGAAAGAACGGUUCCACAGUUAUAACUACAACUAUUUCUAACCCAAAAGCAACAAUUAAUCUCUCAGAAAACCAAAAGGUAAAGAAUGGAGAUACUCAUACAUAUCAAGAUUCAGUCAGUGGAAAGAAUGUUAGAGUUACAAGAUCUUCCUAUCCUGCUGGAGCUGACUUCUUCAAGUUUAUCCAUACCCAUAAUGGACCAUCAUUCAGCCUUAAGCAAGUGCAAGAUGAUAACCAGACAAUUUCAGGGACUGACAGUAUAAAUGAGAAGGUAACAUCCGUAUCCGCGUAUUACUGGAGAUAUGAAAAGGAAGGUAACAAGAAUCCUGAGAGGGCUCUCCUUGUUGAAAUAGAUGACAAUACUGGUACUACUACAUACUAUAGGAACAGUAGAGAUGGUAAUUGGAUGUCUUAUGUUCGUAAAGGAACUCCUGGAGAUGGACCUAGUCAGGCCGAGUUAGACUUGCUCAAUUGUGAGAUUAAUGACGUAGUUCAAAUAGAUGUUAGCAGGAUAGAUGGAGAAUAUUGUCAUGAAGAUAAAGAUACUGAUCCUAAAAUUACUCAUCAUAAGAAAGUCAAAGUUACUGAUGCUACUCCCGGGGAGAACAAGCUUUGUAUGUACAAGGUCUUUGAACACGCUAGUAGUGAAGGGUCGUUCAUUAUAUCUGCCUUCAAGAAAGGAGGAGAGGUUAUAGUACUAGGUAAUUUGAAAUCAGAGCUUCCUCUUAGUAGUGUUGAGAAGGUGGUUGUCUAUUUUUGUAGUAACAGGACAUACAACCCUCUUCUAAUUUAUAUAAAAAAAGCAUCAGGAAGUGAGAAAUGGUUCCAUAAACCUGAUAAUGCUAGUGGUACUUGGAAGUCAGUUGGUGAAUUGAAUAAAGAUAAAACAGAUUCUGAUUAUGAUUCCAUUGUUGAAUUCCUAGAUGGUCUGGAUAGUGAUUGCAAGCCACCCACUGUAACUAUAGAUAUUUAUCAGAGAAAACAACAUAAAGAACCUACUACUUAUGGAAAUCCUCCUUCCACUAUUGAGGUGAGGGCGAAGGAACUACCAGGAACCACAAACUUCACUGAAUAUGUUCACACCAUCCAUGGUCGGUCAGGCAAUUAUUUCACAGUUAAAGGUUUUCGGUAUAAAAGCGGAGAUAUUAGAGAAGGGUUUACAAAAAGUAUGAAGUAUGUGACUAGUGUUUCUGUCCUUUACUGGAAACCCCUGGAGAAUCCUAUUAGGCAGGAUUAUAUAGAUAAGAGAGGCAGACCCUUACUCAUCAAGGUGACCAAUAAGGCACCAGGUAUACUAUCCACUGAAAAAUGGUAUAAAAACAAAGAUGAAGUUCCCGGAGAAAAUUAUAAAUGGGAGAGGGUAUAUCCCGGUUUGUUCACUAAUUUGGCUCUAGAAAAUCAACUUAAGCUUCUAAACUGCCGACUAAACCAUGCAGUCGUAAUCGAUAUAAACGCUAAACCGGGGGGAGAUAGCGAUGAUCCUGGACACUAUGACGCUUGUGAGGAAAACACUUUGGAUCUUCAACACGGUGAGACUAGCAUGCAGGUUACCAAGGAGAAUUCUACUUCUCUCAGAAAUUACACUGUAUAUACUCACACUCUUGCAAAGUUUUCUGGAAAUGGACUGUUUCACGUGCUAUCUUUCAAGAAUGACUCUCAGGAUAUAUCUAUUGGAGAUACUAGUUAUUCAUCUCCCAUUCUAGAUGUAACUGAAGUUAAAGUAUACUUUUGUCCGCAGGAUGAACCUAAAAGGCCUUUACUCUUGUACUACAAGACUAGUGAUCCUAAAUUUGGUAGUAAGAAGUGGUGGAAAUCUGAAGAUGGUAAUACUUGGGGAAAAGUAGUCUCUUUAGCUACAUCCACUGAAAAGGACCACGUAGAGGUCAAAAAGGUACUCGACGGUCUUCCAAGUAAAUGUAAACCUAAAGUUACUUCUACUGAUUCUGCUCAUGCUGAACGUUUUGCUGAUGGAGCCUCUGGACUUGCUGCUGGUGCUAUGACUUUAGGAUCAAUCUUGGGAACAUCCUCUGGUACUCUUGCCGGAGCUGGUGGUCUUACUGGACUUGGUUUGUGGGCAUUUAAACGUUCUAGAGGAGAUCCUUGGGUUAGACAAAUAUAA